AAAGUAAUUGAAACCAACCCUAAGCUCCUUUUAUCUCCACUCUAAAGGUAGCCCCGAUUAUUGCUGACUUAAGCAUCGGAGUGUCUUCCCCGAUGACCCACCUUGAGGCUUUGCAGGUCAAUCCGGAGUGCAGAUGUGGACUGAAGAAAGACUUCUAGUUUGGUGCAAUUACAGUAUUAGAGGAUCCAUUAUUCUAAGCAUGUCUUUGCAGGCAUUCUUGAUUCUGCUGGUGGCUACAUAUACAAUCAGACUUAUCUUCAGCAGCAGCAGUUCCUCGUUGGAGGGUACACCAAAAGACAUCAUGGGGUUUUGGGCGUCCUUUCUCUUGUUGCACCUUGGGGGCCUUGACAGCAUUACCUCUUAUUCUGUAGAGGAUAAUGAGUUAUGGAAAAGGCACUUCUUUUCGCCCGUCUUACAGGUUGGUUAUACUAUCCACAUCUUCCUUAAAUCCUUCUCAACCAACCAACUUUGGCUCCCAACCAUCCUAGUGUUAUUUGCUGGCAUAGUCAAAUAUUUUGAGAGAAACCUUGCUUUUUAUCUUGCGAGCUUUGAGCAUUUCGAAGAUAAUUGGGAGCCAGAAACAGUACCCAUUGCUGCUGCUGAUGAGGAAACUGGUACUCCACAACGUCAUGGCAUUCCACUUCCACAACAAUUCAGAGACAUGGAGACAGAGAAAUCAAUAUUAGGAAUUGCAGUUAAACUUUUUGGCAAUUUGAAGAGGACACUUGUUGGCCCUUUUCUAAAGAAAGAGGAACAAUAUGAAGUCACAAAAACGUUUUCCAAGAUCAACAAUUUUGCCGAAGGGCUUCAAGUAAUUGAGAUCGAGCUAAGCCUCUUGUAUGAGGCUCUUCACACCAAGCUACCCGUGAUUACUACCACCGUAGGCUGUUAUCUCCGUAUGGCUAAUUUUGGUUGCAUCUUGGUAGCCUUGAUCUCCUUCUCAUUAGUUAAGAAGCACUAUCAGUUGGCAGAGCUUAACCUCUUGCUAACCUAUGUGUUGCUAAUCAGUGGGUUGAUGUUGGAAGUCCUAUUUAUCAUAGUUCUCAACAAAUUCUCUUAUUGGUUUGCCAUUGCGCGCGAGGCAGCAGCAAACGUGGAGGGGAAUAAUUUAUCGUUGCUUAACGAUAUUUGGUUGUCUCCAAAAACACUUAAACAACUUGUUCAUAAGGCUAAGGAUUGGGUUAGUGAUGAGCAGCAAGGGUUGGCUGACAGCAUUAUUUCUAAUACAGAUUACUCAGAACUCCUCAUACUGUUUCAUAUAGCCACUGAGUUAUGCUACCAAAAGGAUGACCCAGUAAUCAGGCUUGAGAGAACUGAUUCCAGAUCAAUAUGCAAACUGCUUUCAGAUUAUAUGUUUUACCUGGCAGUGAUGCAGCCCACCAUGAUGUCCACUAUAUUGAAUGAUUGGAGCAAAAAAUUUAAAAAAGCAACUAGACAGACUCAAUCAUUAGUACCAUGGAGUCUUUUCUUGGAUGAAAAGACUGCCAGAAAAGAAAUCUUUGAGAAGGGAAAAGAAUAUCCCUUACGUGGUGCAGUUAAGCUUGCUAAAGGGCUCAUCAACUGGAAGGGUCCUUAUCUUCGGAAUUGGAGGCUUAUGAGCAAAGUUUGGCUGGAAUUAAUGUGCUAUGCUGCUAUUAAUUGCAAGUCAUCUGUCCAUGCAGAGCAACCAAGUAGGGGUGGAGAACUUCUCACUUUUGUUUGGUUGUUGAUGAAUCAUCUAGGUCUUGGAACCAAACAUUACCAAACAUUGGGAGAUAAAUUUGAUGAAGAACUAUCUGAAGAGGAGGACUAAGGUGAACAAUCACAAGGGUUCAACCAAGACUAAGGGUCAUUCAUGUAUGUUUUCUCUGUUAUCUUUCCUUUUGUACUUUGGAAAUGUGUUCUCUGUUGUCUUUUAUGUUUGCGGCAUUUUCAAAAAUUUUGGGGCCCUUCCAUCAUAUUUUUAAUUGGCUAAAGCAGGGAAUAAGAUCUGAACAAUUUG